AAUUCAAUUCACGACUUCCGCCAUAGGUGGAACGAAACUUUUCUCUUUCGUUUCUAUCCGACCCCUAAACAGUGGCGCAUGCUAAAGACAGGCGGGAGCAAAACGUGAACAACGCAGUUAAAACAUUCAAACUUUAAUUCAUUGUCUGUUUUUAACCCUAGACUGUUUAUGCAACAUGAACAGUAACACGGUAGACGGGACGUGGGACAGUUUACCGGUCAAACUCAAUGACGGAAUUUUGGAAACGCUCCAUAAAUUGAAAUUCACUCAUAUGACACCAGUUCAGUCUGCUUGCAUUCCGCUAUUUAUGAGCAACAAAGAUGUGGCUGCUGAGGCGGUCACUGGAAGUGGAAAGACCCUUGCUUUUGUCAUUCCUAUUAUAGAAAUUCUGUUGAAACGAGAAGAGAAGCUAAAAAAGAUGCAGGUUGGUGCGCUUGUUAUAACUCCCACAAGAGAGCUGGCCCUUCAGAUCAGCGAAGUGAUGGAGCAGUUUAUUCAGACAUUUCCACAGUUUACACAAAUUUUACUGAUUGGUGGAAGUAACCCAAUAGAGGAUGUGGAGAAGUUCAAGUUUCAUGGAGCAAACAUUGUGAUUGCAACUCCAGGCCGUCUGGAGGACAUGUUUAGAAGGAAGGCAGAUGGUCUGGACUUGGCCAGCUCAGUGAAGACUCUCGAGGUAUUGGUUCUCGAUGAGGCUGAUAGACUGCUCGACAUGGGUUUUGAGGCCAGUCUGAACACCAUUUUAGGUUACCUGCCCAAACAGCGGCGCACAGGCUUGUUCUCAGCGACUCAGACACAGGAACUGGAGAAGCUGGUGAGGGCUGGCCUCAGGAACCCUGUACGCAUCACUGUGAAAGAGAAGGGCGUGGCUGCCACCGCCACUCAGAAAACGCCUGCCAGGCUUUCUAACUACUACACCAUUUGUAAGUCAGAGGACAAGUUCAACAACCUGGUAGCAUUUUUGAGACAACACAAGCAUGAGAAACAUCUGGUGUUCUUCAGUACAUGUGCAUGUGUGGAGUACUAUGGCCGUGCACUCGAGACUUUGGUUAAGAAGGUCACCGUUCACUGCAUACAUGGCAAGAUGAAAACCAAGCGCAACAAGAUCUUUGCUGACUUUCGGAACAUGAAAAGUGGGAUCUUAGUAUGUACAGACGUCAUGGCCAGAGGCAUCGAUAUCCCCGACGUUAAUUGGGUGCUUCAGUAUGAUCCUCCCAGCAAUGCCAGUGCCUUUGUACAUCGGUGUGGGCGUACGGCUCGCAUUGGUAACUAUGGCAACGCUCUCGUCUUUCUGCUGCCUAUGGAGGAGUCCUACAUCAAUUUCUUGUCCAUUAACCAGAAAUGUCCGCUCCAGAAGAUGCCCCUAAUAAGUGACGUUGUGGAUGUGCUGCCCAAAGUGAAAGCCAUGGCUCUGGAUGAUCGCGCAGUGUUCGAGCGAGGCAUGAGGGCCUUUGUCUCGUAUGUCCAGGCGUACGCCAAACACGAAUGUAGUCUAAUCUUCAGAAUUAAAGAUCUGGACUUUGCAGCGUUAGCACGUGGCUUUGCACUCCUCCGGCUGCCGAAGAUGCCCGAGCUGAAGGGGAAAACGUUUCUAGAGUUCAGCGAGACAGCAGUCAACACAGACACCAUCCGGUACAAGGACAAGAACCGAGAGAAGCAGCGACAGAAGAUGCUGGCUGAGCUGAAGGAGAAAGCUGGAACUCUUCCAGCCAAGAAGAACUUCAUGAAGAACAAAGCAUGGUCCAAGCAGAAGUGCAAGAAGGAGCGUCGUAAAAAAAUGGCUGCCAAGAGGAAACACGAUGAGGGUUCCGACAUGGAUGAAGACGACAUGAAAGAGCUUUUAAGUGACACUCGGCUCCUGAAGAAACUGAAGAAAAAGCAAAUCAGUGAGGAAGACUUUGAGAAGGAGAUAACUAGUGGACCAAAGUCAAAGCACAAAACAAAAGGACGGCCGGCGCUUGAGCACGACCGCUCAGAUGAUGAUUUAUAAUCAAAGG